GAUGUGCCUCGGGACGGAGCCUUGUGAGCAUCAGAAACAGCCUCAGAGCACGCUCAGUACUCCGAUAUCCGAGUCAGGUUCCAGAGACUGUCGCAAUCGAAAACUUCUACACGAUGUCGGGCGGAAAUCAAGACACGAUGAAACUCGUCAUGGAACUCCUGAGGGACAUGAGAAAGGGGAUCAAAUCUAACUCGCAGAGGUACCUCGCGUUCCUCGGCCUCCUCUACUGCGGGAAAAUUGCGGGCGGCCUUUCUGUCCGUCUAUGUGAAGCCUUCAGGGUGCAUUUCUUGGCUCGCUUCUGGAAGACCGAUUUGAAGAUAUACGGGAGAUGGGCUCUAGUGACUGGCUGCUCCGACGGGAUCGGUAGGGAAUACGCGCGGGCAUUGGCUUCCCGAGGAAUCAAUAUUGUCCUUGUCGCUAGGAGUCAGGAGAAGUUGGAAACUCUGAAGCUAGAACUCGAAUAUACCCACAAUGUCCUAACGAGGGUAGUGGUGGCCGAUCUAGCCAGAGGUGCCGAGGUCUUCAGCGAGAUCCGGUCCCAGAUCGAAGACCUCGAAAUCGGAAUUCUGGUGAACAACGCUGGUGUCAUGUAUGACCAACCGUCGCGGUUCUGCGACGUGCCAUUGAAGAAGCUCGAGGAGCACAUCACGGUCAACAUGCAAGCGGUUAUGAUGCUGACUUUCAUGGUCUUGCCACAGAUGCUGCGAAGGAAAAAAGGUCUGAUCGUCAACAUGUCGUCGCUUUCAGCUUUCUAUCCGCUGCCAUACAUGUCUGUGUACUCUGCAUCCAAGGGUUUCGUCGAUUUGUUCUCGCAAGCUCUAGCUGUCGAGUAUGGAUCACAAGGCAUCGAGGUGCAAACGUUGACUCCAUCCUACGUCUCAACGAACUUGGUGAAAUUCUCUGAUGUCUUGUCUACGCCUUCCUUCGUCGUUCCCGACGCGAAAACCUUCGUCGAUUCGGCGAUCAGCACCGUCGGAUACACCAGGCGCACUACGGGCUAUUGGUCGCAUGGCCUCCAGUAUUGGGCGAUGGAGCACAUUCCACAAUGGCUCUGGACCAUGCAAUCCGACACUUUCUUCAAAGCGAUAGACAGUUCGGCAGACAAGAAACUCUAGAUAUAGGGUGUAGGGGAUCCCGAAUAGAGUCGCUGCGCUCACUGAGUGGGAGCCCUCAGCUUUCGAAAGCCAAAAAAUGCUCUCCACCUUCUUCGAGGAACAGAACAGACCCAUCAUCGAAAACGAUUCGACACUGUUCCGAUCGACGUCACGAAUAAAUCAGGGAGAGGAGUUCUCGAUUU